AGAUUUGCAAGAUAUAAAAUGUAUAAAAUAGUACAAAUGAUAGUCUGGUCCAUUUUCGUGUAACAAAAUAUUAUUUGGUUCAUUUUCAAUCAGCACGUAGAAAAAUCAUGAGUAGAAUUUUAACGUAUUGAAAUAUGAAAUGGGACUAUAAGUGAAUAAAUAUGGAAGGAGCUAGUUAUGAAAUAGUAAUACAGAAAUGUUAAAUCAGUGUGACGGUAUUUUGACGUCAAAAUGUGUAUUAACAAAGUUACAUUUCUUUUAUUAUGGACUUUGUUUCUGUGUGCUUCAUCGGAACACAUAAAAGGCCAGUUUUCUACCCAAGAAUUUUUCAAGUUCCUAGUGAAAUUUGGAUUUCAAAAGACAGAUAUUCAUUUCCAAAAGGAAACAUAUGGAUAUAUUUUUGGAAACAUUACAUCCAAUCAACAUUUUAAGUAUCCUAUCACGUUUGCAGUACUAGAUAGAAGACAUUUUAUUCAUUAUUAUAAAAAUCGUGAUAUUAUUGACAAGGAAACAGCUUGCCAGGUUAUGUUUCAAAAUUUAAACUCAUCAGCUUAUCAUCCUAAAUGUAAUACAUGCGGUCAAGAUUUAUUUCGACGUAUUCCUUGCCCUGAAGGUAAAUUGUGUGUUGAUGAAGAUACACCUUGGAAUGUGAUCAAAAGCAAUCAGUUCACUUAUGUUAUACAAAACACAGGACAACCUAGGUUCUGGUAUAUAUCUAUGGUGUCAUGUUAUUUAGAUGAAGUAACAUGUUCAUGGCAUCAUUACACCGGAGCCCCUUCUGCAGACAAUAAGACGUUAACACAUAUCCCACAGGAUAUACAGUAUGAUUUCUGGCUUGUAAAUGGAAGUCCCAAUAUUUCCUUGUACAACACAUUGGUUUAUCAGUUUUCAUUUGAUAGGCAAAACACCCUUGAGUUGUAUCUGUUAUUCUGGCUAUGCUAUAUCAUACUACUGCCUGUCCAGAUUUAUGCUGUAAGGACACAGAGACAUCCAGUAACAAAACUGUUUACAUGCAGCCUGUUGUUGGAGUUUAUUGCUCUCUGUUUUAAUGUGUUGCACACAGCAAAGUUUGCGAUUGACGGCAUUGGUUUUGAGGGACUUGCUGUAGCCGGUGAUAUUAUAGAUAUUAUGAGUAGAACUUUGUUUAUGUUAUUACUGCUCCUGUUAGCCAAGGGCUGGGCAGUAACAAGAUUAGAAUUGACAUAUAAACCUCUUGUAUUUGGUGUAUGGCUGGCAUAUGGAAUAGUCAAUAUUCUCCUUUAUGUAUGGAAUACGACGGAAGUUGAUAUAAUAGAAGAGAUAGAUGAAUACCAGACAUGGCCAGGGUGGUUGGUUCUUACUCUGAGGGUCGCCAUCAUGGUGUGGUUCAUUCUAGAGCUUCGUAAUACUAUGAUAUACGAACACAAUAUAACGAAGCUCAAUUUCCUACUGCAUUUCGGCGCAUCGAGUCUCGUCUGGUUUGUGUACUUACCGAUCAUUGCAUUGAUUGCUCUGCAAAUCAGUCCACUGUGGAGGUUUAAGUUUUUAUUAGGUAUAACAUACUCGGCCGAUUGCCUAGCGUACUGCGUGAUGGCGCAUCUGCUGUGGCCGACGCGAUCCGAACAGUACUUACUGUUAACUUCUUCAGAUUUUACAGCGAAUGUAGAAGAACUGGAUGAAUUUGAUGAGUCGCCCCACGUGGUGCACAGUGACACGAUCGCGCUCACAACCGCGGAGAGUAUAAAUGCCGACGACGAAGACGUCAUUUUCACGCGACCGCCUCUAAAGAAUGGAGCGACUUACUCAAAUCAUUUAGGAUAGACUAUUUUUUAAUCAAGUUUACUAAAAAAACUAUCGAGCAACUUUAUGACUUAAACUUGAGUACAGUUAAGCUAGUGAAAUUAAGUUGGUCCUUCAUGAUGUGCCACUUCUAUGAGAUUUUUAUAUACGUGUUUGUGAAUGGUGAAUAGUGGCUGUUCUUUUAUUCCUCUCACACUUUGUUAAUGUGUAAAUUUAUGUCAUUAUGUAAGAACACGUUUUGUAAAUGUUAUUGUAAGGUCUGUGUUUUAUUAAUUUUUUUUAAAUCAAGUUUUUUUAUAACCCAAAAAUGUUUGUGGUUCAUUUCGAAAGUUAUAUAUAAUGUAUAUGUUUUUGUUAUAUAUACGUAAUCUUAAUAGUUAUGGUCAGUGGAAUGAGAUAUAGCAUCAAGUUACGCUUGAUACUUGCUGGAUUUAAAAGAUUUAAAUGUCUUAUGGAUUGAUAAGAUAUCUUAUCAAUUAGAUUCUUGAAUCAAAUUUUCUUUUGCUAUAAAUUAUUUUACGAGAAUAACAAAACUUUCUAUUGGCAUUAUUAUGAAUGCCUCGUAAAAGAAAUAAUUUUAUUGAAAAAAAAAUGGAUUAUUCCCUUUUCUUAAUACUGAUACAUUCAGAAUUAUGUUUUAAAAUAAAUUCUAUAUAUAGAUCGUAACAAUUCCCUUUUCUUGGUUUUUAAAAAAAACUUACGGAACCAAAUGAAAGUUUUGUUUGCAUUUUUUAUCUUGUCUGUCUUGCAAAAUGUAUUGUUCAAUUUUAUCUAAUUCCCAUAUCUAUUCAUUGAAUGUGAACAUUAACAAUAACCUUAUCUAUUGUGUAACACAGAUAACAUCUAUGAAAAAUAUUUUCCCACAGAUUAUAUUAUUAGAAUACUGAAUAAUUUAUUUCAACUUUAUUAAAUUAUUUCGAUAUAUUUUUUAUUGUAAAGUAUUACUGAAUUUCAAAGACCU